AUGACCCUCCCCGUCCCCACCCUCGCUCGCGGCCCCUCCUCCGCAUCCUCCUCCUCCCCACCAGCCUCCCUCCGCAUCCGCCUCGUCCCCCACCUCGACUCUCGCCGCACUCUCCGCUUCGACGCCAUCUCCCGCGAUCUCAAACACGGCGACCCUCCCCUCCGCAUCGGUCGCUUCACUGACCGCUCAGGCAUCGGCCUCGCAGCCGCAAACGCCCUCAGCUCAAACAAGCUCGCCUUCAAAUCAAAAGUCGUCUCCCGCUCCCACGCUGAGAUCUGGGUCGACUCCGCAAAGUUUUACAUCAAAGACACAAAGUCCUCCUCGGGCACCUUCCUCAACCACCUCAGGCUCUCCCCCGCAGGCACAGAGUCAAAGCCACACCAGCUCAAGGAUGGCGAUAUCCUCCAGCUCGGCGUCGAUUACCAGGGCGGCACAGAGGACAUCUACAAGUCCGUCAAAAUUCGCAUAGAGGUAGGCAGGGAGUGGCAGGCCGCUGCUAAUGCCUUCAACACAAACGCCAUAUCCCAGCUCAAAUCCCUAGCAGCAGGCCUCGCUUCCGGCCAUGUCCCUUCAGGAAAGAAACGCGCCCCAAAGACGAACAUCCCAGAUUGCUGUAUAUGUGAGUCUCCGCCUUCUCUCCUCUCUCCCUCUCUCACCGUCAACGUCUCAGGUCUCUUCUCAGUCACCAUCCGUCAAGCCCUCUUCAUCGCCCCCUGCUCUCACGCCUUUCACUACAAAUGCAUCCGCCCCCUCCUCGACGCCCACGAAUCCGCCUUUUCCUGCCCCCUCUGCCGCACCUACGCCAACCUAGAAGAGGACGUCGAG